ACCUAAAUCAUUCCAACAUGGCAUAUCGACGCGGUCGAUCAUCAAUUAGAGAGGAAUAUGAAGAGCGCUUUUCAGCAAUGGACUCAAGAGAGGUAAAGGUCCAUCGAGUUGUCAAUAUUGUUGAGAAGAGGAACCCCAUGCCCCGGCCACUUGGGGAAUUUGACCGAGGUUUUAGUGAUGACCAGUGGUAUGGUGGUCCUCGAAAUUACCCGGAUCCAAGAGAAUGUCCCGGUGAAGGCAGUUACCCACCCAGUGAUCGCCAGUACUUUGAUGGCAAUUUUCGCAGAAAUGCUUCACCCUCACGAAAUGAGGGCCCGCACUCCCAACAGUCUUACGGCAGAGAUGAUUUGAGGCAUCAGUUAGGUUCAAGGAACAGUGGCAGAGGUAGUCCGUAUUUCCGCAGCAGAGGUCGAGGGUCAGGUCCUCCUUUAAGAGAAGACCACGGUGACUACUGGAGCUCUCCAUCUGUAGGAAAGCGGGAUCGCUCUCCGGGAAGAAGGGACGCCCAGCCACUUGUACCUUCCCGCUCUGGGUCAAACACCAGCAACAGGAGCUUCUCCCCCGACAGGGAGAAAGUCUUCAGCUACCAGCAGACGCACCAACGGCAUAAGACCAGUUUGCUGACGAGCCACACUCCUAGCAGCUCUGUGGAGGAGGCUCCUCACAGCUCUGGAUCUUCAAAGGAAAGAAGUCCUGCAUUUGCUGCGGAGACGGAGGAGGUGGUUGCUGCCAGCAUGGAGCCAAAGCUGACACCAGAGGAAGACCUCAAGGCUCGCCGGUUGGAGGCCAUUAAGGCUAAGGCUCUUGAAAUUGAGAAGCAUUACAGGCAGGACUGUGAGACCUUCCGCACAGUGGUGAAGAUGUUGGUGACCAAGGAACCCAGUUUGGACAAUCUUCUCCAGGCUCCACUGGAUGAGAACCUGCUGGAGAUCAAACAGCGCUGCCUAGAUUCCCUCAGGCAUUUUGUGAAGGAGCUGGAUGAGGUAUUAGAGCAGCCGGACUCCUCGGCAUAAGCCACAGGUCAUAAAACAAUAAAAUUAGUGUUUGAAUUAUGUUCUUUAAUCAAAUAAUUGUAACUGAUUAAUUUUAAUUUUCAUAUGUAUAAUUAAGUAAAGACAGGAUAUCUGGCGGUGGCACUUUUCCACUUGCUGAAAUAUAAUAGGAUUUAAGACUCAAUGCUCUAUUAAAUGAUUGUUCAAAUGGAUACAGUGACAUACCUAUAUUAUUAUUAGUAAAACCAAAGGGCACAAGACACAGUGUCUAACCUCCAACAGUGUUUUUACCAUGACCAAUGUCAAAUUAUUACAUUCAGUCAAUUACUGAUGACAUUUUAAAUGGAUAUAAAUGAAAUUUUAGCUUGGUCUUAUUGUUGAAUAAUUCUGUAAGAACACUAGUAGAGAAAAUGACAUAAUAAAUAAUGAAACUUUCCCACACAACCUUUUACUCUCUCUUUAGUGAUAUUAAUUAUGUAUAAUUUAUUGCGAUUCCAGCAUCUGUAUUUCUUGCCGAUAAGGCUGCGAGAGUAACUACUGCUAACUGUAACAAGUAUUCUCGUACCAGUAUCGAAGGGUCCAAUAUUAUACGCUGUUUUACACUGUAACCCUUUUUAAAUAAAGUAGGUCAUGACUUGUUUGUCUUCUUUUAAAUUGUAAUCAGCUUAUUAUAAUUUCAAUUUUUGGUUAAACUUUUGUAAAUAAAAGCUUGGAUGAA